AUGCGAGAGCCAAAAUGGCUGCAAAAGAUUUCAUGGUAGCUGUCAUUGUGUUGCUAACUCUAUCAUGCGGCUAUGCAACGAAAAGGUCUUUUACAACUAGACCACCCCCAACACAGCCAGGCGUAUGUGCAUCCAGUCCUUGCAUACACGGACAAUGUCAACCAUACCCGGCUAUGAACACAUACAUUUGUAAAUGUAUACAUGGUGCAACUGGAAGGAACUGCGAGAAAGAAAUUGACAUGUGCCUGCUCAACCCAUGUGUGUUUGGCACGUGCUCUGGUCAUGGGAUAAACUUCACAUGCACAUGUGACAAAGGAUACACCGGGAAAUUAUGCAAUAAGGAAAUAGAGAUGUGUUUAUUCAAUCCAUGCGCAUUUGGUACAUGUUCCGGCCAUGGACUGCAUUAUACAUGCACAUGCGAUAAAGGAUGGACAGGGAAGCUUUGCGAUUCACAAGUUCAACAGAUUAAUGGGGGAUGGACGUCUUGGACGACAUGGAGUACCUGUACACGAACUUGCGGCACAGGCCACUCAAGUAGAACACGAUCCUGUGCUAAUCCUGUGCCACAAAACAAUGGAGCUCAGUGUCCUGGCUCAGCUACAGAUACUCAAAGCUGCAACACUAACCUAUGUCCAAUUAAUGGGGGAUGGACAUCGUGGACGUUAUGGAGCACAUGUUCACGCACCUGUGGCACCGGAAGCUCGAGCAGAACUCGUUCUUGCACUAAUCCAGCACCAAAACACAAUGGGGCACAGUGUUUUGGACCAGCUUAUGACACAAAGACUUGCAGCCACAAUUCUUGUCAAGUUGACGGAGGAUGGACGUCAUGGACGAGAUGGAGUACCUGCUCAAGCACGUGCGGCACUGGGACUUCGACCAGAACACGAUCUUGCACUAAUCCAGCGCCAAGUAAUAACGGAUGGCAGUGUUAUGGACCAGCUACCGAUAUGACCACUUGUAACUCUAAUCCUUGCCCUGUAACUGUUAACGUGGGAUGGACUCAUUGGGCAAGGUGGAGCAGCUGCUCUUUAACGUGUGGUUCGGGAAUUAGAUACAGAUCAAGGUAUUGCACAAAUCCAACUCCAAGGAAUCAAGGUGCCGGUUGCUCGGGGUUUUCUACAGACACAGAGCAAUGCAAUACAAAGGCGUGCCAUGCAAGAUGUGACGUGGCAAUGAUAGAACGACACAUAAGAGAGCGUACGGUUGCUGUUCAUCCUGAUGCCAAAAUUUGUCAAGGAAAGCACGCAUGUAAUGAGGCUUUAUUGUUAGAAGCUUGUACACUUCCUAGCAAUGACAUGAACAGAUGGAAGCCAAAUCUGAAGGUCAUGGAUCAUUGUUCAAGUCUUCAAAGAGGUGUACCAAUUGCCGAAUUCAGCCAUGGUAACAACUUAAUUAGCAGUUUGAUUGCAGUGUUUUGGUCCUGUAAGGGGAACUCCUGGGAGGUUGCGAUUCAGAUGCUAGGUUAUGAUGUACUGAUUACAAAUGGAACUGCGCCGCCAUUCAAUCCGGAGUGGGUUUAUACUUUGAAAUAAAAACAUAAGAUGUUUGCUUGUAUUCUGUAUGGCUAUAUUAAAAUAUACUGAAGG